GUUGCUUUACGUAGCACGUUUCUUGCUCUCUAACACCACAAGUAUUUAGGGGCUUCUGUUCCUACGUUGUGCCUUUUCUCUUAAGAUCUCUCCAUCUUUCAGGCCUACUGAUUUCUUUACAAGGUUCCUUGAACCUAGAGAAUUCGUCUUGUUUGAUCAGUGCUCAUUUGACACAGGAGGUUAUAUAUAAGGGUUGGGAUUGAGUUCUUAGACUUAAUAGCGUCUUUAUCAGACAGAGAAAAAACCAGUUUCUGAAACAAAGGUCCUACUGUAGAAAACAAGACGAGGGUUUUAGCUUUCUAAGAAAUGGAAAACAUUUCUGGGCUUGGUAAGGAAGGUGACGAUCAGAUGGAUUUGCCUCCUGGAUUCCGGUUCCAUCCAACCGAUGAAGAGCUUAUCUCUCACUACUUAUACAAGAAGGUUCUUGACAUCACCUUCUCUGCUAAAGCAAUUGGAGAUGUGGAUUUGAACAAGUCUGAACCCUGGGAACUGCCAUGGAAAGCGAAGAUGGGAGAGAAAGAGUGGUACUUUUUCUGUGUUAGGGACAGAAAGUACCCUACAGGUCUCAGGACAAAUAGGGCAACAGAAGCUGGUUACUGGAAAGCCACAGGGAAAGACAAGGAGAUCUAUAGAGGAAAAUUCCUGGUUGGAAUGAAAAAGACCCUUGUAUUCUACAAGGGUAGAGCCCCUAAAGGAGGGAAAACCAAUUGGGUCAUGCAUGAAUACAGAUUAGAGGGUAGAUUUUCUGUCCAUAAUCUCCCCAAAACUGCCAAGAAUGAAUGGGUGAUCUGCAGGGUGUUUCAAAAGAGUUCUGCCGGAAAGAAAACCCAUAUUUCAGGUCUAGUGAGAUUAGGCUCGUUUAGUAAUGAAUUUAGCCCUUCUGGUCUGCCACCAUUGAUGGAUUCUUCACCCUACAAUUGCAAGAUUAAGCCAGUGGCCGAGUCGGCCUACGUGCCCUGCUUCUCCAAUCCCAUUAAUGUUCAAAGAAACCAACAAGACACGAUUGAUAGCUUCGACAAUCAUCUUUUAGCAUUUUCAACAAACCCUUCAGAGGUUUUUCCACGAAUCCCACUUUUGAAUCCAUUCUACACUCCUCAGGCUGUCCCGGUAUCAGGAAACUUACAAUAUCCAGGUUCUGUUUUAAUGCAAGACCACUCGAUCUUAAGAGCCUUGAUUGCAAACCAAGGCACAAACAUGAAGCAGCAAAGUUUCAAGAUUGAAAGGGAUAUGGUCGGUGUCUCACAAGACAGUACUAUAGAUAUGAAUACUGAAAUCUAUUCAGUCAUAUCAAAUCUUGAAGUGGGAAAAAGGUCAGGUGAUGAUCAAGAUGCAACACGUUCUACAUUAGUUGCAUCAACGGACCUUGAUUGUUUUUGGAACUAUUGAGAAACAGUGCUAGAAGACGAACCUCAAGUUGAAGAAGAUCAAGAAAAAGAACAGCUUGAUUUACUGUUAUUAUCUAUUUUGAAAUUAUAAUGUGGGCCUGUGUAUAGAUUUUCUUGAUUCUGAUCGACAAGUUGAAAGAGAGUGAAGCAAGUAUUAUGUAUUGUAAGAAACUAUUUUAUGAAUUUUUAUGUUGUUUUUUCAA